ACCAAGUGCUGGGGAAGUGCAGUAUACUCACUUCCCAUAUUGUCAGCCAUUUAGACAUCAUGCAAGGAAUAAUGCGAUCAUUCACAAGCUCUCAAGUGGCAGACAUGAGGCGGUUGUUAUGGUUUUCUCUGAUGCUCACUCACCUGCCAGUCACAGAGAGCACGGGAAAUGCAAUAGGCUGCAUAACACAGCCAGGGGAGGAAAUUCGGCAGAAAACAGGACAAGUCGCCAUUCUGCCUUGUAAUAUCAGUUCAAAUUGCCCAGCCAGAGGCUGGCGUUAUGGGUGGUUUGUUUUCAAAGAAAAUUCCCAUCUUCGUCUCAACCUUAACAAUCCUCUCAAAUACAGACUGGACGGAGCAUCUUUACACAUCAAGUCUCUUAAUACUAAUGAUAGUGGGAUCUACCACUGUGCCGCAGUGUGGCUUGAGCCACCGACCAGCGGCUUACAUCAUGUAGGGUCGGGAACUGCUCUUACAGUGACAGGACACAUUAAAACAAUGGCAAGGGACAUUCUUCUGUGGUUAUCAUUCGUCCUUUUAGUCAUCUACAGCAUGGCAGUAGUGACACUUAUCAUUUUAAAAAAGUCUGGCUGCAACAGAAGAAUGUGCAAAACCAACAAGAAAUGUUCAACAAAAAAAACAAGUUUCCGCAAUGUGCUGCAAGAAAUGAAGAACAGAAGGAAACAUACUGCGGGCCAGAACAGUUCCCAAGUUGAGGCUGCAAGUACAGAAGUCAAAAGCUCAGUUGAUGGCAUCUAUCAAAAUGUCAAAUUAAAUGACAGAGUCAGACCUCCAUCAUCUCAACUGGGGGGAAAUUUCAAAGCCAUGAAACAUGUGACAGGAGGACACUGAGACUGUGACUGAGGAAAUUGACUGCCCAUCGGCAGAGGAUUCAAGUUUGCUCACAAGUUUGUUUCAGUUUUAGUUGUGACCUUAUGCUGUUUGUAUUUCUAUCUACAUCCUGUUGGUUGUAUUUCAUUAAAUAAAAAAGAAAAAAAAAACGGUGGUCACCUUGAACAAAGACACAAAAAUCUAAUUCUAUUCACAAAUACUGGUCAGACAUUUUUUUUUUUGGACUCCAAUGUGAAUUUUCUUCCAUAAAUUUAGAAUAAUAAGCCAUUAAGUAGAUUGUAUGAAUAGCGAGUAAAAAGUAGUACAAAUUAUUUUUUAUUGUCAGGAUAAAUGGUUGAUCAGAUCAGAAGAGCAAGUGUGCAAGAAUAGAAAUAAAGCUGUUCGUACAAACUUCACUGUAUGACACAUAUCCUUGACACAUAAGUAAAUAACAAACAUGCAAUAUGUAAAAAUGUAAGUCAUAUUCAGCUUGUAGUUGUGUAGUUUACAGUACAUUUAAUCAAAAAUCUUGGAAACUAAACCAAAAGAUACAAUUUUACCAUAGAAAGUUGAUCAUUAUUAAUCAUGCAAUAACAAAAAAAGGCAAAUUACAGACAACUGUAUAUUCAAUACAGCUUAGAAUACACAAAUUUAAAUUAGGAAAGGCGUUGAAGUUGUUCUAAACAAAUCACCUGUCAUACAAGUGAUUUACAGUAAGGCAAUAUGUUUUUCAGUUAUCAUGGUGACACAUUCUGCUCAGCGAUGUUCAUCUCUUUUUUUCCCUUUGCAAAUACCAACGGAAAGAAUCCAGAUCCCUCUAAUGACAUUAGAAUUUAGUGAAAUUACUUAAAAGGUCAAGGUGAAUUUUUAUAUGUGCAAUUUUCAAAUAAAAAGCUGUGAUGUGAA